AUGGCUGAUGCUAGACAUUUACUGGUAUUAAAAUUAAUGGCUCCUGCUCUUUCAAAAUUUCCACCUUAUACGGGCCAAAAACCACCUGAUGAUUACUUGAAUAAAGUUAUUCAAUUAUGGGCAUAUCUUGAAGCAAUACAAAUGUAG